AUAUAAACAUACAAAUUGUAAAGGCAGAUCUAUUUACGGUUAGACUCUCUUCAUUUCCUCUGUAGUACUUGGUUAGUACGGACACGAAGCAUUUACAUCAAUAUCAACGUACAAGAUCAUCAUGAAGUUCAUUGUUUCUAUUCUUUUGGUGGUACUGGUGGUAUUCCAGCUAGCUGUUGCGCUCCCUGAUCCUGGAAAAGGCAGAGGAUACAAUUAUGGCAAACAAGGUCAUGGUGGCGGUCAUGGUGGUGGCCACGGAAAUCAAGGCCAUUACGGAGGAAAUCACGGGCACGGAAGUCAUGGAGGCCAUGGAGGUCACGGUGGAAACUAUGGCAACCACGGAAACUAUGGGGGAAAUCACGGACAUGGCGGACAUCACGGUUAAAAAUAGCCAGCUUAGUUUAAGUUAUUAUUUAUGUUCUAAAUAAAUUGUUAUUAUAUUGA